GAUACUACGGAGCUACGCGUCGCUAGCAGGUGCACAACAGAGGGAAUUCACAAAUACAGGACGAAAGAUGGCAUAGCAUAUGGUGUUUUCCCGUUUCCAACGACAGAGGACACGUCUGCCAUAAACCAUAACCGUGUGCUUUCACUAGAAUUAUGUCACAAGCGGGUACUAUCUGCUGACCAUCUUUCUCCGGAGUGACUGAAGUCUUUCCAUUUCGAGGACAUCGCUCUACUAUCCAGUGUCAUGUCAGGUACCUACACACCAGCCCCUGGUGGGCCCUUCUCUGCUCUCACUCCAAGCAUGUGGCCCCAGGACAUUUUGGCCAAAUACCAUCAAAAAGACCUCCCAGAACAAUAUGAACUCCAGUAUGAUGAAUUUGGCUUCAGAGUGGACACUGAAGAUGGUGUCGAGCCCAAGCCUUGGCUUGGCACUGAAGGCUCACCCCAGCGUGAAGACCCCCAGCAGAGAUUGCGCUGGCAAGCCCACUUGGAGUUCACCCAUAACCACACAGUGGGUGAUUUGACCUGGGAGCUCAUCGCUCCAGUCCUUCCACGCUCCGAGCGCCUGCGUUCCCUGGUACUUGGUGGCAUACCUCACAGUAUGAGACCACAGCUAUGGAUGCGUCUGUCUGGAGCACUGCAGAAGAAGAGGACUACAGAGAUUUCUUACAGAGAAAUCAUAAAGAACAGCUCUAAUGACGACACCACAACAGCUAAACAGAUAGAGAAGGACCUGUUACGAACUAUGCCAACCAACGCGUGUUUCAAUAGUCUGACCAGUGUUGGAGUGCCAAGGCUGAGACGGGUACUGAGAGGCCUGGCCUGGCUUUACCCAGAUAUUGGGUACUGUCAGGGCACUGGCAUGGUGGUUUCCUGUCUACUGCUCUUUCUAGAGGAGGAGGAUGUGUUAUGGAUGAUGUGUGCUCUGAUUGAAGACCUCCUACCCCCAUCAUACUUCUCCUCCACCCUGCUGGGUGUCCAAACAGACCAGAGGGUUCUCCGCCAGCUCAUCGUUCAGUACCUGCCAGCCCUUGACCGCCUUCUGCAGGAGCAUGACAUUGAGUUGUCACUGAUCACACUCCACUGGUUCCUGACAUCAUUUGCCAGUGUGGUGGACAUCCGUCUGCUCCUUAGGAUCUGGGACCUACUCUUCUACCAGGGCUCAUUGGUUCUCUUCCAGGUCACACUGGGCAUGCUCAAGAUCAAGGAGGAGGAGCUUGUGUCAUCAGAAAACUCUGCGUCCAUUUUUAAUACUCUGUCAGACUUACCAAGCCAGCUAAGAGAUGGGCCUGCAGUUCUUGGGGAGGCUAUGAGGCUAGCGGGGACACUGUCCCAGGAUACACUAGAAGCCCAUCGACACAAGCACCUAGCCUACAUCCUAAAUGAACAGGCCCAGCUCAACAAUGGAAAUAACACAAUACUCAACUCCAAUCUCAACAAGGUGGUGAGGAGACAGUCCCUGCGCAGAAAGUCCACCUUGAGCUCCCUGCUGUUUGGGGAGGAUGAGGCCGAGGCUCUGAAGUCCAAAAACAUUAAGCAGACAGAGCUGGUGGCUGCCCUGCGAGAGGCCAUAGCCCGCACUGCAGAGCAUUUCCACUGUCUGGACCCACAUCAUUCCAGCACUGACCUGACUCCUGACUACUCAAUGGAGAGUCACCAACGAGACCAUGAAAACUUCCUCGUUGUGUCCCGCAACCGGCGGAGACGGGCAAAGGCAUUGCUUGACUUUGAGCGACACGAUGAUGAUGAACUGGGCUUCAGGAAGAAUGACAUCAUCACUAUCGUCUCUCAGAAGGAUGAACACUGUUGGGUUGGAGAGCUCAAUGGCCUCAGAGGUUGGUUCCCAGCAAAGUUUGUGGAGAUUCUUGACGAAAGAAGCAAAGAGUACUCGUUAGCAGGUGAUGAUUCUGUAACAGAGGCAGUGACAGAUCUGGCCAGAGGGACUCUGUGCCCGGCCCUGAAGGCCAUCUUUCAGCAUGGUCUCAAGAAACCGUCUAUACUGGGAGGGCCUUGUCACCCCUGGUUAUACAUAGAAGAAGCGGCCAGUAGAGAGGUAGAAAGGGACUUCAACUCUGUCUACUCCAGACUGGUGCUGUGUAAAACUUACAGGUUAGAUGAAGAUGGGAAAGUACUAACACCAGAGGAGCUGCUUUACAGAGCAGUGCAGUCUGUCAACAUGAGCCACGACACAGCACACGCGCAGAUGGAUGUCAAGUUUAGGUCUCUUAUUUGCGUCGGCCUCAAUGAGCAGGUGCUGCACCUAUGGCUGGAGGUGUUGUGUUCCAGCAUGGCUGCUGUAGAGAAAUGGUAUCAUCCGUGGUCCUUCCUUCGCAGUCCUGGAUGGGUUCAGAUAAAGUGUGAGCUCAGGGUCCUAUCAAAGUUUGCCUUCAGUCUCUCUCAAGAUUGUGAGCUACCCGACAAGAAAGUGGAGAACGAGCAGAGACCACUGAAAGAGGGAGUGCAGGACAUGUUGGUGAAACAUCACCUCUUCAGCUGGGACAUUGACGGCUAGACACACAACAAAAAUACUGCUGAAUUCUCUCCUGUCCUGUGUCUGUGUGUAUAUUUGAUCUGUCUCUUCAUCUGUUUCUUACACACUGGCAACUGAAACACCAUUGUCUGCUUUUAUCCCUGGAUGAUGAUGACCCCAGAAUAAUGAUGACUCUGAAACUCUCACGUCAUCAUAAGGUCCACUAGGAGGUAUGAACUGAAUUAUGUGUGCAUUAAGUUGCAUAAUUACAAGGCAGUUUUUAUUCAGACUUUGGUGUAGGAGGUUUUGCAACAUGGUUGAAACUAUAUAAAGUUACAUAAGUAAAACACUCCUGCAGUACAGAACAGUCUGUACCCAUUGGACUGGAGCAUCAAGUAUUUCUUAAGUACUCACUACACUGGCUGUUCAGCUUUUUUAGCUAUCUGGGUAUGCGUUUUGUGCAGGAGUGAGAUGCACAGUACAUACUCUUGCACUGGUUUGUCUCUAUAUAAAAGUCAGUGUCAGGUUACCCCACAGCAAAUACUGGACCUUUGGGCAUCAUCCUAAAUUCCACAUGAUCCUGCAAAUUCCCAAAUAUUAAGACCAAAACAGAACAUUCCUAAACAUGUAGGUGUUAAGUUACAAAUUAUUUUUGAGAGGAAUGUUACUUAUCUAAAUAUCAUGAAUUCUACAAAAUAUUGCAUUAAAGGCAUACUAUGCAGGAUUAUCCUAAAACAAAUAAACAUCUAGACUCAUAAAAGAAGAAUCCCUCUCAAUCAUCACUUUGUGUGUGGGAUGGUGCAUUUAAAUACAGACACUCUGCCAUCUUUUUUUUCCUAUUAUUUUGCUGUGUUGGCAAUAUUUCUAGCCUUCAACCUUUGGGCAGUAGGUGUGUAGCCCCUAGCCAACAACAGAACACAGGGUGUGAGUGUUGGACUCCAUAAAAACAGCAACGUAGGCAAGAGGAAGAUAUGAAAAUAGUGGACACAGCUCUGAUGUUUUAGUGAAGUAAAACCUAAUUCUGUUUCAUUCUGUCUGCAGUGGCCUCUAUACUCUGCAACAGUCUGCUGUCCACUGUGUGUAUUUGUGUGUAUGGGUGUGUAGCUCAGCUCCACCUUGUGCAUACAACUAGAGAGCAGUGAGAGAUGAUGAGCCAACUUUAAAUAUUGUGUUUUCAAACUGCAACCGCCAAAUCCUGCAUAGUGUGCCUUUAAAUACUAAUGUUGCACAUACCAAGUAAAGCCUUUUGAAACUGUGAGAUGAGACUAUGGGUGUGUGCACUGCCUUAGUGGUAGUCAACAGUAUGCACUUGUAUGACAUAAUGUAAAAGAAAUUGAAAAAAAUGUUACAUACAUGUUUUACUGUAUAGAAAGUAAACAUCUGUCGCCUAUGACUACAUGUUCAUUGAAGACUAUCGUUCUGAUCUUGCUUGACAUACUGAUUUCCAAAUUCACCUCCAGUGCUGACUGUAACCCACACCAAAAUACAGAUAAUUGCCCAUUGAUAUUUAUUCAAACUGUGGACUAAUGAUAUAUGAUAAGUGAGAUUUAAGAGGACUGAUACGUGAACAAAAUUGUAAAACUUUGUGUGUUUGUUACAACAUAUUUGUUCAUAAUUAAUUAUACUAUUUUUGGACACUUGCUCUUCAUAACUUUUAAUUUCAUGCAAAGAUGAUGUUGCAGUAAAUGUUAUUCCUGCCAAUCAGAUCUUGGAAGUUUGACAUUUUCAUAUAAUUUCAGUCAAGACUUUUGAGGCAACAUUGUUACCUGUAAUUUUCCCAUGUGCAGAAAACACAAUCAGCUUAGUUUCUGAUGUUACAUGAUGUUAUUGUAGCCUGUAAAAAUUACAUUAUUAGACAGUUA